CUCCUCUUCCUCCUCCUCCUCCUCCUCCCGGCUGGUCGGCGGCGCAGAGUAGCGGCGGCAGCGGCGGCGGCGGCAGCAGCCACCCGAUGUCUUCGGCGCCCGAGAAGCAGCAGCCACCGCACGGCGGCGGCGGCGGCGGCGGCGGCGGCGGCGGCGGCGGCGGGGGAGGCGGCGCGGCCAUGGACCCCGCGUCGUCCGGCCCGUCCAAGGCCAAGAAGACGAACGCCGGCAUCCGGCGCCCGGAGAAGCCGCCCUACUCGUACAUCGCGCUCAUCGUCAUGGCCAUCCAGAGCUCGCCCACCAAGCGCCUGACGCUCAGCGAGAUCUACCAGUUCCUGCAGAGCCGCUUCCCCUUCUUCCGCGGCUCCUACCAGGGCUGGAAGAACUCGGUGCGCCACAACCUCUCGCUCAACGAGUGCUUCAUCAAGCUGCCCAAGGGCCUGGGGCGGCCGGGCAAGGGCCACUACUGGACCAUCGACCCGGCCAGCGAGUUCAUGUUCGAGGAGGGCUCCUUUCGGCGGCGGCCCCGCGGCUUCCGAAGGAAAUGCCAGGCGCUCAAGCCCAUGUACAGCAUGAUGAACGGGCUGGGCUUCAACCACCUCCCGGACACCUACGGCUUCCAGAGCUCGGCCGGCGGCCUCUCGUGCCCGCCCAACAGCUUGGCGCUCGAGGGCGGCCUGGGCAUGAUGAACGGGCACUUGCCCGGCAAUGUGGACGGCAUGGCUUUGCCCAGCCACUCGGUGCCCCACCUGCCCGCCAACGGCGGCCACUCGUACAUGGGCAGCUGUGGUGGCGGGGCGGCCGGCGAGUACCCUCACCACGACAGCUCGGUGCCCGCCUCCCCGCUGCUGCCCGCCGCUGGCGGGGUAAUGGAGCCUCACGCCGUCUACUCGGGCUCCGCCGCUGCCUGGCCGCCCUCGGCCUCCGCCGCGCUCAACAGCGGCGCCUCCUACAUCAAGCAGCAGCCCCUGUCCCCCUGCAACCCCGCAGCCAACCCCCUGUCCGGCAGCCUCUCCACGCACUCCCUGGACCAGCCCUAUCUGCACCAGAACAGUCACAACGCCCCAGCUGAGCUGCAAGGCAUCCCUCGGUAUCACUCGCAGUCACCCAGCAUGUGUGACCGAAAGGAGUUUGUCUUCUCUUUCAACACCAUGGCGUCCUCCUCCAUGCACUCGGCCGGCGGCGGCUCCUACUACCACCAGCAGGUCACCUACCAAGACAUCAAACCCUGUGUGAUGUGAGCCGGAGCCCGCGGGCCCGUCCGCACGACCGCCUCCGGAGCAGGGAACCCGUCCCUAGAAACUGCUUUAUUCUCGAGGUAUAACCGUCGGCAGAAGCAAAGGGUUUGACCCCUCCCCAACCGGAUUAUUUCAAAAGGCACCCCCAGGGCAAAGAAGCGGCACAGAGGUCGGCACCUCCUCUCCUGUUCCCUCAAAAAAUAUUUUAAAAAAAACGGUGGCGUCCAGGCCUCAUCUGACUGCAGCUGUUGGUAAAUAAAUAUCUUCUUUUUGAUCCGAUUGAAACCGGCUGAGAAGGUGCUGUGUUGGGGGAAAACCCUCAACAUCUAAACAGAAAUUCUGCUGAGGUCUCUCCCCCACCCUUAACCCUUUAAUGGAAAAAGUGAAGUUGGGGGGGGGGAGAUUUUUUAGAAGAAAGGCAAACAGGAGACCAUCAUUAUCAAAUACUUUUAUUGGGGGGUUGAGUAUUUAUCGUUGUUAUUUUUAACUUUCUUUGGGAAGAAUGUCUUGGAAUGCGCAAGUCGCGUGGUAGAGCCGCGUUUUGCAGGGAAAGGGGGGGCGAGAGGCCGCGCUCUCCCCCCCACCUCGGAAGCCCUGCAGCCGCAGGUGGAUGUCUGUGCGCACGACUUGCGUUUCUGAAGCCACUGUUCGUUGUUGUGUUUUUUUUUUUUUUUGUUUUUGUUUUUAAAGAAACCCAUGGAGCCCAGAAGCGGGCAGCUCUCGGGGCCUCUGCCACCCCCCUCCGCCUUCCUCUUCUUCCUUCUCUGCAGUCUUUUUGGUUUUGUUUCGAAUUUUACGUGUACUUUUUUGGAGGGUGUUUUUCUCCCGAGACCCGGCUGUCUCCCGACCUCUACUGUAAACUGGUGCGAAAGCGGCGCGAACACGGCCCGACGCGGGACGGGGAGGCCCGGCCAGCGCGCGAAUUCAGGAUUGCGGCGAUGCAGAAAGGUUAAGGCACUUUUUAAAACUAUAGCAAGGCUCAUCCUGUUAUUUAUUCUUUCUUCCCCUAGUAAUCGAAACACCGCAUCGGCUCCUCCGUUUAUCAGUAUUAAUGGUGUAACUUUGUUGGCAAUAUUUGCCGCGUAGAAUUUUUUUUUUUUAGAUAUCCAUUGUAAAUUUGAAACAAAGUCCCAUGUGUGUAAAAACAAAUUCCCAUAUGUUUUAUAUAAAUAUAUAUAUAAAAUGAAGGACUACCCCCCCUUUUUUUUCUAGUAUUUUGGCUGCUGGGGUGCAGCGUUUGUGACACGUAUUUUAAAUUUCCUUCUGCACUGUAUAAAAUGACAAUUUGAGGAUGUUUUGCCUUUUGUGUAUUUUUUUUCCUAAAAAAAGAACAAAAAUAAAAAUGUAUAACAUUUGUAC